GCAUCUGCAGUGUGUAUCCAUGGCUCUGAGAUCACAUGUGAGGAUGGGCUAAAGUAGCGGAAAGCUGUUGGAUUCUACCAGAGAGUUACUGACUUCUUAGCUACAGACUGUAUAGCAAUCUAAGAGAGAAUGAGAGGGAGGAAGGAGAGAGGAAAAAAUAGAAUGGAGAAAAAGAGCGACUGGAGAAAUUGUAAAAUAGAGACAAACUGAGGGGGGUGGGAGUGGGGGGCGGGGAAAGUGACAACCAGACAAAAAAAGAGAAAGAGGGUGAUAAACAGACAGAAGGGAGAAACCGGUUCAAGAACUCAUCGACAAGCUGCAGACAAAUAAAGCUUAUGAAGGAUGGAAAUUCCUCAAAACAAAAAAUGCUAAAAAGGGGGAGAUACAAAGUGCAGGAAAGAGAAGGAGAUAGAAACAAAUGAGGGAAAGUUAGAGCAUGCCAGAGGAAAUUCUUAGGAGGAAGAACUAGCUACUUGAAAAAUAGUGAGGAGACAGAAAAAGAGACUAAAAGGAGAGAGACCCCCAGAUUCCUUAAAUCCAGGCUCGGUGACAGAUUUCAUGGUGGGAUGAAGAAAUCUCCCUCUUUUCCCUUUCCCUGACUUUUGGCUCUCCAGGACUCAAACAGGGAAUAACACAGGACCUGGUGCAUCCAUCACUACAGUGCGUUGUGUUGUCAGAGCGUGUGGGUGAACCUGGCAUGUCUCAUGUGAACUCCUGCUGCCACCCCCCACCGUGGAGGUCCCUCCUGUACACAUUGGACACUGCAUCCUCAUUAGUGGGCAAAUUUCAGAGGGGCUCCCUCUGCUAGGAAGCUGACGUAUUCCAUCGCCAGAGUCCAUCCAUUCCCACAUCACUUGAUGGAGGGAACCAUUUGGCUCUUUCUUCUGCUACUGUAAUACCAUUAAAAAUAAAUCGUAGAUCUGAUAAUGCCCAUGAGAUUCAGAUUAAAGUGGAUCACAUGGUGCUUUCUGAAGACAAGACAGAGAUCUCUGAGGUGGCCCUGACAUAGAGAAGCUGGUCAUUGACCACGGGGUAGUGUCAUGGCAGACUCUGAAGCAGCACCUGCAACAAGGCACUGAGCGACAGCUGCCUCCCAUCCCUGGACGAGUCGCUGGUGUGUGCUCAGCACCAAUCACAGGUAUGGCUGGAGCCACAGCUCAUCAGGGGUGGGUCCCAGCCUCACCUGGUCCCAUGUGAGCUCCGCUGUUUGAGACUCGUGACACGUACAACUCCCACUGCAUUUCACGAUCUGAGAUACCCUGAUGAUAAAGCGAGCCAUGGGUAGCGUCCGAGUUAACAGGUACAGCAUUGUCUCAACUGAAGAGGAUGGGCACAAGGUCUCUGCUCUGGGCAACAUGAAUGGGCACAGCUGGAAUGGGAAAGGACAUGUCCCCAGGCGGAAACGCCGUAACCGUUUUGUGAAGAAGAAUGGCCAGUGCAACGUGUACUUUGCCAACCUGAGCAACAAGUCUCAACGCUACAUGGCCGACAUCUUCACCACAUGUGUGGACACUCGCUGGCGCUACAUGUUUAUGAUCUUCUCAGCAGCCUUCCUGGUCUCCUGGCUCUUCUUCGGCUUCCUCUUCUGGUGCAUUGCUUUCUUCCAUGGUGAUCUGGGUGCCACUGGGGUGGGCGGUGUCCCCAGUACUGCAAAACCCUGCAUCCUUCAUGUCAAUGGCUUCCUAGGAGCCUUUCUCUUCUCGGUGGAGACACAGACCACCAUUGGGUAUGGGUUCCGUUGUGUGACUGAGGAGUGCCCGCUGGCCAUCAUGGCAGUAGUGGUCCAGUCCAUCGUCGGCUGUGUCAUCGACUCCUUCAUGAUCGGCACCAUCAUGGCCAAGAUGGCGCGGCCCAAGAAACGGGCCCAGACCCUCCUUUUCAGCCAUCAUGCUGUCAUCUCUGUGCGCGAUGGCAAACUGUGCCUCAUGUGGCGAGUGGGAAACUUGCGGAGGAGUCACAUUGUGGAGGCUCAUGUCCGGGCUCAGCUCAUCAAGCCCUACAUGACACAGGAAGGUGAGUACCUCCCGCUGGACCAGCGGGACCUCAACGUGGGCUAUGACAUAGGCCUUGACCGCAUAUUCCUGGUGUCCCCCAUUAUCAUUGUCCAUGAGAUUGAUGAGGAGAGCCCACUCUAUGGAAUGGGCAAGGAGGAGCUUGAGAUGGAGGACUUUGAGAUUGUUGUCAUCCUGGAGGGGAUGGUGGAGGCCACAGCCAUGACCACCCAGGCUCGCAGCUCCUACCUGGCCAGUGAGAUCCUCUGGGGCCACCGUUUCGAGCCUGUGGUCUUUGAGGAGAAGAACCGCUACAAAGUGGACUACUCACACUUCCACAAGACCUACGAGGUGGCUGGCACCCCUUGCUGCUCAGCCCGGGAGCUGCAAGAGAGCAAGAUCACUAUCCUGUCUUCUCCGCCACCUCCUAGUGCCUUCUGUUAUGAGAACGAGUUGGCCUUAGUCAGCCAAGAUGAAGAUGAGGAUGAGGAUGAGGUGGAAGUGGGGCCCGGGUUAGGAGGAAGCACCAAGAAGGAUGGAGGAGUCAUCCAGAUGACGGAAUUUGGGAGUCACUUGGAUCUGGAACGGCUACAGGCUACCAUCCCCCUGGACACCAUCUCCUACCGCAGAGAGUCAGCCAUCUGACUCCUCCUGCCUUUCCAUUCCACAUCUAUUGCCCACCAUCUCCUUCUCCCUUUCAUUCCAGUGCUUAAUUGAACUAUUCCCCAGAGAACCUCCUUUGCCUAUGUCUCAGCCCCUGAGCAUGUACAGUGUGAGACAUGUUCAUGUUUCCAGUGGGCACAACCCACACUGGAACAGACUUCUUGCAACCAGAUGGGAGAGCAAUAUGUGUAUUUUGAACUCCCACAUUGACAGCUGAUGUGAGGGAAUGCCCCCACAAGCCCCACCACUGUUUGGGGCUGGAACCAUGGGAAGACAGGCUUGGACCCAAAGCAAUCACCUCAGUACAACCGUUGGCCACUAAAUGGGUCCAGCUUGUUACCAGGGACAAAGUAGGCUAUAAAUGCCAACCAAACUGGGAGGCCAGGAGAAUCUGGGGGUCAUGGGGAAAGAGUGAAAAGGAUCCGGGAAGUGGGGUGUAUUUUGCAUGUUUUUUGCUUGUUGUACAUGAUAUUAUUGUAUAUAAAACAGAUCAAGAACCAAAAUCCAUAUUCUUCCAUUUAAAAUCCUAGAUCAGGAGUCAAGGACUCAGUAGCCCUCUUGACUCUCUCUCUGGCCCUUGGCAUCCUUGACUCUCAGAGGCAGGUUGACUCCACCUACCCAUCCCAAGUCUCCCUUGGUUCUUUUUAAAAACUAUUCCCGACUUUUCCCAGAGACACCCACCAGAGGAGGCAGAGCUCUGUGUGUGCAGAGGGAAUGUUAACUGGGGCAGUGUCUGGAUGACAGACAAAUGACUCGUUCAGGACAGUGGUUCCUCCACAGACUCUUUCCACCUCCUCUGUCCUCCUCCCUC